AUGCAGGCCUGGCACAAGAAAGAAAAGGCCAAGCAGAUCAAAAAGGGAAAGACCGAGAAGGUUAAGAUACGGACGGAGAAGCUCGCGCGUCGCAACCCGGAUCGCAUCCAGAAGCAGAUUGAUGAGCUGGUAGCGCUGCAGGAGAGUGGUCGCAUCUCGACACACGAUAAGAAGCAGCUUGCGGAGCUGGAAAAGGAUCUCGCGGCGGUUAAGAAGGCGAGAGAGACGCUAGGCCCACAAAUUGAGGAGGAGAGGGCAAAAAGAAGGGAGGCGGGAGGUACUGCGGAGAGAGGCGGGAGAGGUGGUGGGCAGCAGGCUGGGGUUAAGAGAGCAGCCGGUGCGGACUUUGGAUCAAGUAAUUUCCAGAGACGAGGUCCCGGCAGGCCGCAAUUUGAUCGUGCGGGCGAUGAGAGUGAUUCUGGUGAAUCUACGUCUUCCUCCGUUCGCGACAUCCCAAUACCCGAGGGCACACCACCUCCUCUACCCCGACAACAGAGGCCCGAACCCGAACUCCGGGAAGGGCCCCGUCAACCACAUGCUCUCCCCGAAAAGCCCGCGGCGCCCGUCGUCAAAACUACAUACGAGUCCGCGCCCAUUCUGCGCGAUCUACGGAAGGAGGCUGCAGCUUUCGUUCCUGCUGCUGUGAAGCGGAAGCUAGAGGCCCAGAAGGCCAAAGAAGAACGGGAAGCCGAGGAAAAGAAAGCGGCGGAUCAAGAUGCAGCUGACGGGGAGUUGACGGCGGCGCAGGCUAUAUCGAUGAGGAUAAAUGCUGCCCCGGAUGUUGACGAGGAAUUGACGAGAUUCCAGGCGGAGAUGGAAGAGGUAGAAGACGAGGAGGCGUAG